UUUUUUUUUUCUUCUUCUUUUAUAUACAAUACAACAACAUGGCUACUGCUAUUCUUGACAAGCUCGCCAAGCUCGCCAUUCCUGCUGGUCUUUUAAUUGGUGGUGUUCAAUCCGCCAUGUACGAUGUCCAGGGUGGUCACCGUGCUGUCAUUUUCGAUCGUAUUCAAGGUGUGAAGACUGCUUCUGUUGGCGAAGGUACUCACUUCUUGGUUCCUUGGCUUCAACGUGCUGUCUUGUUUGAUGUUCGUACCAAGCCUCGUAAUAUUUCCACUACCACAGGUUCCAAGGAUAUGCAAAUGGUUUCCUUGACCCUUCGUGUCCUCCACCGCCCCGAAAUCAAGAAUUUGCCUUCCAUCUAUCAAAAUUUGGGUCUUGAUUAUGAUGAAAGAGUAUUGCCUUCUAUUGGUAAUGAAGUCUUGAAGUCCAUUGUUGCUCAAUUUGAUGCUUCUGAAUUGAUUACUCAACGUGAAGUUGUUUCUGCCAAGAUUCGUGAAGAAUUAUACAAGCGUGCUAGAGACUUUAAUUUGGCUCUGGAAGAUGUUUCUAUUACCCAUAUGACAUUUGGUAAAGAAUUCACCAAUGCUGUUGAACAAAAGCAAAUUGCUCAACAAGAAGCUGAACGUGCUAAAUUCGUGGUUGAACGUGCAGAACAAGAAAAGCAAGCUGCCAUUAUCCGUGCUGAAGGUGAUGCUCAAGCUGCUGAAAUGAUCUCUACAGCCCUUGCUAAGGCUGGUGAAGGUUUUGUUGCUUUUAGAAAGAUCGAAGCUUCUAAGGAAAUCGCACAAACCUUAUCCAACUCUCGUAAUGUUACUUAUUUGCCCAGUAACAAGAAUGGUGGUGGAUCUAACAUGCUUCUUAAUGUUGGUUCUGCUUAAAUUUAGAUAUAAAAAUAAAAUCAUGGUUUGUUGCUCAAUGAACCCAGUCACGAAAGGAGACGAUGAUGAUGAUGAUGAUGAU